CUCUUUCUUCUUCUUGUCACCUCUCUUCUCACUUCUGACGCCUACGCGGAAAAAGCAAACCACUUUCGAUUUCUUUAAUCUUCUUCUUCUUCUUCUUCUUUGUUUUUUUGGUUUCUUCUCAAUCAAAAAGCCAAAAAAACCCCUAAAUUAAGAAACUUUCUAUAUAUAAAAACUUCAUUAACACCAAACCAACUCUCGAAUCAUCGUAAUUUUUGACUAAUUCUUCCCCAUCAGUUCCAGUGUCAACUUCAGUUCUUCCAUUUUUCUUCAUCUCUCUCUCUCUCUCUCUUUCAUAUCGCUCUCUUCAAAUUCCCUUCUUUCCCGUGCAGUUUUGUGUUUUUUUUAAUUCCUUUCCUUUUUGUGUAGAGUUGACGAAUUCUGAUUUUGGAUUGUCGUCUUCUUUCUUUUUAUUCUGUCUUCUCUCUUUUAUGUUCUCCAGAUAAAAAAAAGGCAUCUUUGUUUCUUAUCUGAUUGUAUUUGUAUAGUUCUCUCUAUUCUAUAACCAAUACAGAAAUGAUUAACCAAUCAGAAAGGGCCCAGCUUUGUUGACAUAUCCAUCUCCUUUCUCUCUAAGCUUAGCUAGGGUUUUGUUUUUUUGUUGAAAAGUCUCGACUUUUUUUGGUUUUGUGGGGAAGAAGAAAAUGGGAUCUGCAAGUGGGUUUUACUCAAACGAAGAGUUCGAAUUGGAUCCUAAAUGGCUUGUUGAUCCUCGUCAUCUCUUUGUUGGUCCUAAGAUCGGUGAAGGUGCUCAUGCCAAAGUUUAUGAGGGAAAGUAUAGAAACCAAACAGUGGCGAUUAAGAUUAUUAAAAGAGGAGAAUCACCUGAAGAAAUUGCUAAAAGAGAUAACCGGUUUGCGAGAGAGAUUGCUAUGUUGUCUAAAGUCCAGCACAAGAAUUUGGUCAAGUUCAUUGGAGCGUGCAAAGAGCCUAUGAUGGUUAUAGUUACCGAGCUUCUACUUGGCGGUACAUUGCGUAAAUAUCUAGUGAGCUUGCGGCCAAAGCUUUUAGACAUUCGUUUGGCUGUAGGUUUUGCUCUUGACAUUGCUCGCGCAAUGGAAUGUUUACAUUCCCAUGGAAUCAUUCACCGCGAUCUUAAACCAGAGAAUUUGAUCUUAUCAGAAGAUCAUAAGACUGUGAAACUCGCUGAUUUUGGUUUAGCUAGAGAAGAAUCAUUAACCGAGAUGAUGACCGCAGAGACUGGUACAUACCGAUGGAUGGCCCCUGAGCUUUACAGUACGGUUACGUUAAGGCAAGGAGAGAAGAAACACUAUAAUCAUAAAGUAGAUGCUUACAGCUUCGCCAUUGUAUUGUGGGAACUUAUUCUCAACAAGUUACCAUUUGAAGGCAUGUCCAAUCUACAAGCAGCUUAUGCUGCUGCAUUCAAGAACUUGAGGCCGAGUGCAGAGGAUUUACCAGGGGAUUUAGAGAUGAUUGUCACUUCAUGCUGGAAAGAAGAUCCUAACGAACGGCCGAAUUUCACGGAAAUAAUUCAAAUGCUCCUCCGUUACCUCACCACUGUUUCGGCGCCACAGAUCAUACCUCCACCGAAUCGACGAGUUUUCUCAUCAGAAAACAUAGUCUUAUCACCAGAAUCCCCCGGAACUUGUUCUCUAAUGUCUGUCAGAGACGGAGAUGCCUCUCGUCAAACCGUUAACACCGCUGAUUCGUCAUCAGAGAAAGAAACUAAAGGAAGCUUCUUCUUCUGCUGCUCAUAGAUGAUCAAUUUUAUAUAAAUAUUGGUUGUAAUCUGUAAAGUAAAGGAGAGGAAAGUGUUUAUGAAACAGUAUAAUGUAUUAAAGCCUUAGAAUUUAGAUUCACAGUAACAUGAAAAUUUAUCGUCCAGUGUAUAAAAGAUAUUGAGCCUGAAACUUCUAUAUUUUGACGUUU